AUAUGAAGAAUACAGUUAGACAGGGGUCAUUAAAAAUCGAGCGAGCUUGGUCAAAGUCGUAUAUUUUUUGUUUAUUAUCAAUUAAUUAUUGUUUUAAGUAGUGUUUACUGAUAAUCAAUGUAAUCAGGACAUUGUAAAUGGUGUGAAAAGUGAAAUCCAUCGUCAUUUUAUUAUGGAGUUUCAUUAUUCCGAUCUUUGUCUACCGACUGACCAUCUUCUGACUGAUCCGUAUGCAGCCGAGUUCACCCCUCAGUAUAUGAUUCCCAACCACAAUGCAGAGUAUGAGGUACGAAGCAGUGUCCUAGUGGAUGGAGGAGAUAGAUUCGGAGUCUCCGCAGUAGUUUUCGACAAGUUCGAAGAGUUAAUAUGGAUGGGAAAUCAAGGUGGUCAUGUGACCUCAUAUUACGGACCGAGCAUGCAAAAAUACACAUCAUUCCAAGUACAUGAGUCAGAGGAAGUAAGGGACAUAAUCACAGUCGAACAAGGCAUCUACGCUUUGACCAAGACCGCUCUACGUCACCAAAUUAGAAGAGGCAUCCCUAAAAAUACCUAUAGGUCAGACAACAUGACAGACAUGCAAUGUCUUUACCAAGUAAGCACUACAAAACUCUUGAUGGGAGGACACCAAGAUAAACUGCUUGAGUUGGAUCUCACUAAAAUGAAGGAUACAGUCAUUCCUAUCCAAGAAGAAGGUUGCGCCGUGCUCCGUAGCGGUGGUGGAUCUCUUGUAGCCUGCGGUAGCGCUGACGGAAUGGUGGCCCUUCGCGACAUAAGGACGCCUAAAGCGGCCGAGCAUACGUUUAGAGCACAUUCGGCUUGCCUCUCAGACCUGGACAUGCAAGGUGACCUGUUGAUCACUUGUGGAUUCACACAGUCAUCGGGUGGAGCGGUAGCGGAGCCAUACGUUGUAGUGUGGGACGUCCGCUGCCUUCGCGGUAUGAACGCAGCGGGCGGGGGGGCGUGGUCUCUCCAGACCCGCUCCCCUCCCCUCUUGCUUCACUUCCUACCCGCGUUCUCGGGCAGAGCGGUCGCGUUGUCGGCCGAUGGUCACGUGGCAUUGCUGCAUCUUAACGCGCCUGACACUGAGAACCAGUCGGUAUUCCAGGUCGACACACACAGUUCGGUAUGUAGCGUGAUGGACGUGUCUUCCACCAGCCAAGCGCUCGCGUUCGGGGACCAGGCUGGCCAUCUCCAUCUGUUCUCGCCGCAGCACAACCACGAGCCCGUGUUUAAUAACUUUUCAAGAGCAACAGAAUUCGCAGACCAAGUAGUAGGCUUGCCGUUCGCCAACUUUAACGACACAAACUUCCAGUAUUCGUCAGUUCCACUGCCGCAGCUUUCAUCUGGUCCAAAAUGGUUUAACGUACUCCCCGAAGAAUUCUUCAAAAGGAAUUUCAGGAGACCAAAGCCAGUGGAUGCAGAAGUGCUCAAAACAAUGAAAAUGCAAGGACCUAUAGGAUAUGCACCAAACCCUAAGACUUUUAAAAGGAAUCAGAUGCCGUACGUAGAAGAUAAUUUUGAAGAUUUGAACGCAGCGAAACUAAACGAAAGUAAAUACAGCCCACAACCAAUUCCCAAGCAUUAUCAGAAGGUUGAGUUACGAUACAAUAAACACGGACCUAAUGAUAUUGACUUGGAGAAUUGUAACAAAACGGGCUUUCCAGGGAUCGAAGCUACAUUACCAAAUUCGUAUUGUAAUUCAAUGCUUCAGGUCCUUUACUACACACCCCCAGUCAAGUCUACACUAUUAGCUCACACAUGUGCUAAAGAAUUUUGCCUUAGCUGUGAAUUAGGGUUCUUAUUCCGAAUGCUGGAUACGUCUGGCGGCGCAGCGUGCCAAGCGAAUAACUUCCUUCGGGCGUUCCGAACGGUGCCUGAGGCUGCGGCUUUGGGUCUCAUACUGCCAGACCGCGGGCCGGCGCCUCGGGCUGACUUGAUAGCGCUUAUACAGAGCUGGAACCGCUUCAUCCUCCACCAGAUCCACUACGAAAUACUAGAAACGCGAAAGAAAGAGAAGGAGCUAGCGAUACUAACGCAAAACAGUAGUCCGCCGAAAGCGCGGGUUGCCAACGCGAAGCAACCGAGAAGUUUGGCAACGCCGCACAUGAAUGGACAAUAUACUGCAGAGGAGUAUCAGUACACGGAGUUAGAGUUCCUAGGACCGUCUACGGAGUUUGAACCGGAGGAGUUUGGGAGGGAAUUGAGGGAGGAUGGGUGGCAAGCGAGAGAAGAGGCAAUAUUUGGGCUUCCAGAUUUUUUAGUUGAGACAGAACCAGUAACGAAUUGUGAGAACCACGAGCUUCCAAACAAUCGUCACGUCGGACGUGAGGAAUCUGAGAUAUCGCACUUGUUCGCCAUUGGACGCAACCAGUUGAACAGGUGUCUGAAGUGUAACAAAGAGGAAGAACGCGAAUCAGUAGUGUUAGCGUGCGCGCUCCAAUACCCAACGGGCGCGCCGCGCGAAGGUGGCGACACGCGCGGCGGCUUCGUGGAACUAGUGCGGGCGUCACUUGCGGCAAGACGUAGUACGCCGGCCUGGUGCGAGCACUGUUCGCGGUUCACGCCUACCACGCAGCGAGGACGCAUCGUGAGGCUACCACCAAUACUAGCCAUCAACUGCGGGGGACCACACGAAAAAGCAUAUUGGAUGAAAGGCAACCAGAAAGAUGUGCCAGAAGUGGUUAGAAGGGGUGGCAGCAGUAAACCAUGUCGGUACGGUUUACAUUGCGCCAGGCCUGGAUGCAGAUUCAAGCAUCCUGACAGACCGGCAUCCGCAUCGGCGUCGUCUAGGCGAAGCGAGGCGCGCGACACGCACUGUGUGUUACCGCAUAGGCUGAUGAUCCGGCUGCAAGCUGAUGGGGACGUUAUCAUCAAUGAUAAGACUGAACAGUCGCCUACCGAGCCUCACACGCCUCGAAAUAAGCCGGACAAACACAAAAAGCCGGUGACCACGCAGUCGGAAGAAGAGUAUACCUUACAAGCGGCAGUUGUGUGUGUAGAAGACAACCCUAAGAAUCUGGUCGCGUACGUCCAAACUAACAAAGAGGACGCCCAGUGGCACCUGUUUAACGAUUUAAGUAUCGUCCCGGUGAGUGAAGAGGAAGUGUUCCAAUUCGGUACCUGGUGGAAGACUCCAUGCGUGUUGUUCUAUUCCACCCUGGCAGCGAGGGUGACCCCGCCUGAGGAGGCUGUGCCCUCAUAGCCGACGUUUAUGUAUGGGCCAUAUAGCCAGCGGUCUAUGGGCCCAUACGACAUGAACGCCAUGUUCUACCAACUACCGCAAGACGCACACUACGGCUACGUCCAACAGACGUAUUAGCUCAAGUGAUUCCAAGUAAAGUGAACUGAACAAAAUGCAUAUUUUAACAUUGUGAUAGGUAGGUAAGCUAGAAUUAUAGAUUUAAGAGAGCGAGACCCACACAAUACUGUUUGCGUUCCAUACGCUUGUAGUUUUAUUAUUUAUUUAAAUUAUUAAUUAGUAAUAAUAAUUUUUAAUACAUUCAAAAGUCGUGCAACAUAAUAAUUCACCUCAGUAGAGCAAUAAAGUGUAAAAUAAAAUAUUUUUGUUAAUAUUAAUAAUAUGUUAAACGACUUUUGUAAUGGCAUCACAAUGUUAUUUUAACAAUACAUCAUCGUUGAUGUAGUCCGGGAGCCACACCCGUGAAUUAUCAACCUAUUGAAUUCACAAUUUAAUUAUAAAAAGUGUUUUAAGAGCAAUAAAUUAUUAUUUUUAUCCGUAUGGAAUGCAAAACGUUUAGUGUGCGAUAUUCUCAUAAUAAUCCGUUGGUGAUUGCGCGAGUACUGGUACGUCCAUAUUUUGUGAUGCAUGACGAGAGUGUACUUAUUGGCUAUAAAUAAUUUUAUCGAUGGAAGAGGCGGGAUACGGAAGAAUUACUUGUUUUAACGAUGCACCCGGUGGGAGAAUGCGACUGUUUAAGAGAACCGUUGUUAUUUUGUAUAAUAUAAGCUUAAGUGAGGCUGCGUACAUUGACAAGUUUAGGUAUGGGUUGUCGACCAAUUGCAAAAUAGUAUUUUUAUUUUAUUUCAAUGGAGGAGGCUUUUGCGUAGUAUGUCUUGUUAUAUCUUUAUUGGGGAAGUUAGUCAUCUUUAUCCAUGUAAAUUUACAUUAUUUAUUACGUAACUGUUACUCCGUACUCCGUACAUUAUUACUGCUUACGUUUGCCAAUUUACGAUGUAACUACGUACUAUAGCAUUUUAGUUCAAUUGAAGAUUUGGAAUUGUUGACAAUCCUUUGCAACAGAACAAUGUCAAGAGCCAUACAAACAAAGUCAAAUAAUACACCUAUUGUUGCCUUCAGAUCCAAAGUGCCUGCAUAACUGUGCCACAAAUGCUAUUUUAUAAGAUAAAGAAACAGUAGUAUUCUCCCGCCGGUCUCAGAAGUUAUAAUAGCCACAUGUGUUCCUAACUUAAAACUUAUAAAACAGUCGACCGUAUUUUAAAACGUGUGGAGGCUCAAAAAUUCUUGUGGUAUAGAAUUUUGUUAUGUUUUGUGAUAGCAAACAAUUUAAAAGUUAAUAUUGAAGAAAAUAUAUUUUUAUGAUACUGUCCCCAGCAUAAUAAUGUCCUGAUGUAUUUUUUUUAACAUUAUAACAAUUUUACUGCACGUUCGACGACUUCUUAAAACAAAUUCUACAAAUACAACUGUUUUUAAUCGAAGAGUUUGGAUACAAAUUAUGUAUCUACAAAUAAUUGUUACACAAAAUCAGUGAAAGUUUUAAAUCUCACAACAUCAAUGAAAGUUGUCAAUCUAUGUUUCUAUAAUGUAAGUAUUUUUGCCUUGGCCUCCCGGUCUAUACAUUUGAAAGAGCGUGAGGUAUGAAAUAGAAGACCUGAGAAUAGUAUUCUGAUGUGUUUUGGACUUUAUGGAAUUCUUUUAAGGCUGGAACUAUUUUCAUGCGCGCAGGCAUAAAGCUUGUUAACCAUUCUGGUAAAAUAAUGCUUUUUGAUGCGCCGAUUUAACGCGUUUAAAUUUUGUUGAAAAUACCAUAUUUAGGCACUUUAAAUCCUUAAAGAACAAAUUGAAUAAAAAUAAUGCAUAUAAACGAAUUGGCAUAUUUUUGUCCGGUCAUAAAGUUAUUAUGAAAUAAAUUUAUACAUUUUGAAGUUAUAUUAUCAAUGAUAUUGUCAGAUCAUCAUGUGUACAAAUUUCUACAG